GCAGCACAGCCACGUCAAAGCGAAAUGGUCUCGUUUGGCCCUCCUCGGCACCCGUAGGGUAGCUUGCAGCUCGGUUGUUUUGGCUGUGUGUUCAUUAGAGGCAUUUGCUGUCAGGUCGAAAACCUGAUUUAAGCUGUGGCAUCAUGUCUUCCAAGAGUGAGCUGAAAGCGGAGCUUGAAAGGAAGAAACAGCGCUUGGCUCAGAUCAGAGAGGAGAAGAAACUAAAGGAGGAGGAGCGCAGGAAGAAAGAGGCAGACCAAUUAAAAGAAUCUGCAGUUCACCAGGAUGAUUCAGACCUGGAGAAAAAGAGACGUGAGACUGAGGCCUAUCUACAGAGUAUGGGCUUGACCUCAGAUGCUCCUGUUGCUCCUCCUCCUCCUACGUCUCCAACGACCAAAUCGGCGGGCACUCCGAGUGAGGCUGGGAGCCAGGACUCUGAUGGAGCUGUGGGACCCAGGACUCUGCACUGGGACUCUGACCCGUCCGCACUUCAACUUCACUCUGAUUCUGAGCUGGGGCGGGCAACACCUAAGCUGGGAAUGGCCAAGAUCACACAGGUGGACUUCCCGCCACGUGAGACUGUGUCCUACACAAAAGAGACGCAGACUCCAGUGGUGACCCUGCAGAAAGAAGAAGAAGAAGAAGAGGAAGAAGCUGUUGCACCUCAACCUGUAAUCGAGACUCAGACGGAGAAACUGGACCAGAAGGAGGAUGACGAAGUGCCCCCCCACGAGCUCACAGAGGAGGAAAAACUCCAGAUUCUACACUCCGAGGAGUUUGUGAACUUCUUCGACCACAGCACUCGCAUCAUCGAGCGGGCGCUCUCAGAGCACGUGGACCUCUUUUUUGACUACAGCGGUCGUGACCUGGAGGAGAAGGAGGGUGAAAUCCAGGCCGGAGCAAAGCUCUCUCUCAACAGACAGUUCAUGGAUGAGCGCUGGUCCAAGCAUCGCGUGGUCACCUGCCUGGACUGGUCUCUCCAGUAUCCUGAACUUCUGGUCGCCUCGUACAACAACAACGAGGAAGCUCCUCACGAGCCAGAUGGCGUGGCCUUAGUGUGGAACAUGAAGUACAAGAAGGCUACGCCGGAGUAUGUCUUCCACUGUCAGUCUGCUGUAAUGUCGGCUGCUUUUGCCAAGUUCCACCCCAACAUUGUUGUAGGGGGCACCUACUCAGGGCAGAUUGUUCUGUGGGACAACAGGAGCAACAAGAGGACCCCUGUGCAGAGGACCCCCCUGUCAGCUGCAGCACACACGCAUCCGGUGUACUGUGUAAAUGUGGUGGGCACCCAGAAUGCCAACAACCUGAUCAGCAUCUCCACUGACGGCAAGAUGUGCUCGUGGAGUCUGGACAUGCUCUCUCAGCCUCAGGACAGCAUGGAGCUGGUGUUCAAGCAGUCCAAAGCCGUAGCUGUCACCUCCAUGUCUUUCCCCCUCGGAGAUGUCAACAAUUUCGUGGUGGGCAGCGAGGACGGCUCUGUCUACAUGUCAUGUCGUCAUGGAAGCAAAGCAGGCAUCAGUGAGAUGUUUGAGGGCCACCAGGGGCCAAUCACAGGGAUCCACUGCCACACAGCCCCAGGGCCUCUGGACUUCUCCCACCUGUUUGUGACCUCCUCUUUCGACUGGACUGUUAAGCUGUGGAGCACCAAGAACAACAAGCCGCUCUACUCAUUCGAGGAUAACUCAGAUUACGUGUAUGAUGUCAUGUGGUCUCCGAUUCACCCCAGUCUGUUUGCUUGUGUGGACGGAGUCGGUCAUCUCGAUCUGUGGAACCUCAACAACGACACUGAGGUUCCCACCGCCAGCGUCACAGUAGAGGGUAACCCAGCCCUCAACAGGGUCAGAUGGGCUCACUCAGGCAGAGAAAUUGCUGUGGGAGACUCAGAUGGACAAGUUCUUGUAUACGAUGUUGGAGAGCAAACUUCUGUUCCACGAAACGACGAGUGGACCCGCUUCGUUCGCACGCUUGCAGAGAUCAACGAGAACAGAGACGAUGCUGAGGAGCUGGCGGCUCAACGCCUGGCCGCCUGAUCAGACUCAGCGUGUACGAGAUGUUAAAGGGACCAGUGGUGCUUGCUAUUCUCAGCCUCAUUUUGAGGGAACGAAAAAUAUAUGAUGACAUCAUUACAGAGGAAACAGAUCAACUGUUGAUCCAACAGAAGCAUGGACGUCUUUAGUUUUCUUCCGCCCUUUUACUUGGAAAAAUUCAGCCCUCUUAGUUAACUGGAGCGUCUUUUUUUGGAGGUACCAGAAGUGACAGGGCUGUCGAUCUCAGACAUGAACAGGAAGCCAUAUUCACAAACACAAACAGGUUGACCUUUCUCCAACCAGAUGCCUUAAACCUUCAUUUUACUUUGAUUGUAAAACCCAUCCUGUCUUUAUUUUGGGCAUUAUAACACUGGCCUUAUUUCUAGUUCAGUUUUUCAUCCCACAUAAUAAUUGUAAACACUCAUAGCUGAGCUCCGUUUUUACCAAAGUUAAAGUAAAGCAAUCACAUCUCGAACACAUAGGAAUGUAGACUUACUAUCACUGUAGCCCAUGUUGUCAUCUGUUCUUUGAAGACUUAAUAAUUGAGCUACUCCCAUGUUUGUAAAACACUGAAAUGUCAAAAUCUAAAUGUCUUUCUACUUCUAUAUAUAGUUCUAUUCUGUACCAGUUCUCACUUAUUAGAGCGGCUGGUUAGACUGGAGAUAGCUGGGAUUUAAUUAAUGCCUAAGAUGAUGAUCAUUUAUGCUGUAACUGCUCAGUGAUUUCCAGGUCUGUAUGUUGAACAGAGAUUGUUUCCUGAAGAAUCUCAAAGCUUGUUGACGAAACUGAGAAUGUACUUUUCACACAGAAGCAACAGUUUGAAUGGUUUAUUUCAAUAAAAUACAAUAAAUACAUUUAAAUUAUG